AUGCAUAUCUCGAACACAAACAAAGUUUCAACACAUUUCAAAACAUGCAUGAAGGCUACAUCCGACACAACCACAAACACAUGCAAUGCCAGACUCACGCCUUCUCGAUACUGUCUCGGCCAUUUACUCCGCAAAACGCGGUCUGCCAGCAAAAGCAGUAACAAUGAGAACGGCUUUUACGGCUUCAUUCAUAUGCUGUGCGACCAGCAGACGCAGUACAUGACUAGAACUGCAGAGUCGGUGAAACUAGGUGGAUACUUUCUACGUAAGUUCAUUGUCACGGGGUACUUUCAAGACCGAGGAAGAGCAGUCGCCAGGUCUUGGGAAGGUCCGAAUAGUUUGCAGUGGCUGGGGGAAGACAAGAGUUUCGAGAUAAUGGAUAAGGCGAUACCAGAGAUGGAGGCAAGAGAGGCAGUGAACCCACCACUGUGCUUCUUUGUGAACGCAUCCGGCACCAUUCAUAACACCAUUACUACGAUAUCGCGAUCGCUACUCACACCUCAAUACACCCAACCCACCGCCUCCCAAACCCUCCUCGGAAACUCUUCACACCGCGGAAUAUCAGCACACCAAACUGAAACACCCACCAACGCAGCCCCCAUCCCCGCUACAAACUUUAUCUCCCAAUCUCACUUCUAUUGCACAACUAUCUCUCUCGCCAAAGAAGCAAAAAAAUUGAUCUUCAAUCGAAACCAAGCCCAAAACCGAGACCGCGGUGUGAAUACCGAAAAAGAAAACCUUCCAUCGCGAUGA